AUGGCUGUUGAGUUAUGGAGACUUGCUGGUUUUUCUACUACUGUUGAUUUUUCUAUAUUCAUGGAUUUCUUUAUUCAUAUUUAUAAUACUUUUGGCAGAGAAAGGACUGCACGUAUGGCUAUACAUGCAUGGAAGUUAUGGCAUGCCAGGAAUAAAAGAUUGUGGGUCAAUAAAGUUUUGUCACCCAGUGAGGUUCAUCAUGCUGCUAGUUCCUAUUUUAAUGAUUAUGUGGCUUCACUUGUGUCUCGACCAAGGACGUUAUCCCACCCAUCUGUUCCUCGUGUGCUCCCAUUGGUUGAGGCUACCACUCUUGAAGUUGAUUGGAUUGCAUUCAUUGAUUGUGCAGUCUUUGCUAGUGCUGAUUUGUUCGGUUUUGCAGCAGUAUUUGAGGACUUGGAAGGCUUCUUUUCCAUUGCAAUUUCGGGUUUCUAUGAGGGGGGUGGGCAACCUGUUAUUGCUGAAGCUUUGGCCUUGCGUCAAUGUUUAUCUUAUGCUAGAGAUUGUUUUCUUCAGGCGGGUUGUAUUUUUACGGAUAACCAAUCCUUAGCCUUGGCUAUUCGCUCUCCUCUGGAUGACUUUUCAGAGUUUGGAUUAGUUGUUUCUGAUUGCAAAGAUAUUAUGCGGUCUCAGGGUAACAUUCAUGUUUGUUGGGUACGGCGUUCAGAAAAUAGAGCCGCCCAUUUAUUAGCUAGAGAGUCUAUUCAUCAUGGUAGAUUCAAGAUUUGGAUUGACAUUCCUGAUUGUCUCUUGGAUUAUUAUUCUACAAGAUAA